AAUAACGUUUUAUUUGAUGCUUGCAGUGAAGUUAUUGUAAAAAUGGAAAAUAUUAAAAGGUGGGUAACUUGGAGCAUAUUUUCGACAAGUUUAAUAGUGAUUUACGCAUCGCCGCUGCCGCAGUGUGAACGCGCCCCGGCGCACGCGCAGCCCGCGGAUGCGUAUUAUCGGUUAGGUAUUGCCGGCGAGCCCGACUUAUUCCUGCCUGGAGAACUUUAUACAGUCUCACUUCACGGCGUUGAUAGCGGGCAAGGUGCGACCCCUUUUAUAGGAUUCGCUAUAUGGGCCGAAUUAAGCGCCGAUUUCGGUAAAGAUGGUAGUGAUGAAAAUGCUAAAACUACAGUUGCACCAAAAUUGCCGACUCUUGGAGUUUUUCAGGCCUAUGACGCUCAGACAAAGAUACACGAAUCUUGCGCUCCGGCUGUGGACAACGCGACCGCUCAUCCUAAAACAGAAGUGCAGAUCUUAUGGAAUGCCCCAUUGAAUGUGGCAAAUACUUGUAUAAGAUUAUGUGCCCGUGUUGGUCCCGCAAUUGGCGCUAAAACGUGGUCAGUGUUAGCGCGUAAGAUAUGCCCGACAUCCGUAGCUCCUUCUACCUUCGCCCGACAACCGCCCAUUGUAGAGCCAUGCUGUGCCUGCGAUGAGGCUAAGUAUGAGAUUACUUUCGAAGGGCUAUGGUCACGCAACACUCAUCCGCGAGAGUUUCCCCCAGAAAGUGCGCACGCGCACUUCGGGGACUUGAUUGGUGCUUCACAUACGGCCCAAUAUAGAGUCUGGCAAGAGGGUAGAGUGGCUAGCACGGGACUGCGACGCUUAGCAGACGAUGGCGCUACUACUGCGCUGGAAAAAGAACUUAAAGCAGAGAGCGACCAUAUACGUACAAUAAUCAAGGCUCGUGGCAUAUCGUGGCAGCAGGUUGCCGGAGUUAAUAACCCGAGCACGUUUGCAGUGUUUCGCGUGGAUGCCAAACAUCAUUUAGUAUCAUUGGCGGCCAAGCUGGCACCCUCUCCUGAUUGGAUCGUGGGCGUCUCUGCGUUAGAGUUGUGCAAUGCUAAUUGUACCUGGCGAAGAUCUGCCACGUUGCCUCUGCACCCUUACGAUGCUGGUACUGACAGCGGCAUUAGUUACACCUCACGACGUAUGCCAACUAUACCAGCAGCGCCUGUGCGCGCCCUCAGGUCCGACUGGCCUCGAGACACGCGAUCCCCAUUCUACAGCUCUAAUGUCGAAAUGAGACCGUUCGCGCGACUGCGUCUCACUCGACUGCGACUUUAUGAAAAGAGCUGCGAUGCUCCAGACGUAGGGCACGAGCACGUGCCGGAGGUGGUCGGGUCGAGUGGUGGUGCGGGCGCGUGCGCGACGCAUGCGUGGGGCGCGUGGGGCCCGUGCAGCGUGACGUGCGGGCCGGGCCGCGCCGCGCGACAGCGGCAGUACGUGUGGCCGCACCGCGCGCGCGCCGACGCCUGUCGCACGCCGCUCACCGACUACAGGCGCUGCCAUGGACCGCGCAUGCACUGCAAAGCUCCAUCGGAAUACGAGCCGGACCCGGCGGAGUCGAGCGGUCCGUGCGCGGUGUCGCAGUGGUCGGAGUGGUCGCCGUGCGAGGGGUGCGGCGUGCGCGGGCGCUCGCGGCACUACCUGGCGCCGCGCGCGCACAAGCGCUGUCACGUGGGGUACCGCGCGCGCAUGGUCAUGGACCAGGCCAUGCCUUGCGACGCUGGACCUUGCGAGAAACCACGAGGACCGCACGUGAAUGCUACUAACUUCGAUUGGUUUUAUGUGGACACGGCGGGCGGCUCGUGCGCGGUGACGGGGUGGGGCGGCUGGUCGCCGUGCUCGGCGCGCUGCGGGCGCGGGCGGCGCGUGCGCGCGCGGCUGUACGUGUCGCGCGACCCGCGCACGCAGCACCACCUCACGCGCACGCUGCUCGAAUCCUGGAACCGGCGGUUUGCGCAUCUGCAGAAGAUCGAAACUCCAGCGGAGAACAUAACAGCUGACGAUCCGGAGAUAGAAAGCCUUGUGCAGGAACAUUUAGAGAAAUGUCAGUUCACGUUGACGCUCCAAGAAGCACUCUGCGAUGGGGAUGAAGAAGACUGCAUGAAUUCCAGCACCUACACAGAGAUAUGCAAGUUGCCAGUAUCAGUGGGCCACUGCCGCGGGUACGAGGAGCGUUGGUUCUACGACUCUGCCCGCAACUCGUGCGAGCCCUUCGGCUUCAGCGGCUGUGGCGGCAACAACAACAACUUCCCCACCCGUGACGUCUGCUUGCAGAAGUGUCGCUCCAACCAGACCGUCGAGAGUGUGACAACUGUUGCUAGUGAAGUUACGACGAAAAAACUAAAACCGACUCCUUCCUCUGAAGAUAAUGAAGUGGUACAGAACGACACACCGGUAUUUCCUGAAGGCGCUUUGAACUGUGCGAUGGGUCCGUGGCUCGGGUGGAGCAAUUGCUUCGGGGGCUGCGAGUACGCUGUCAAACUUAACUACCGUUUGAUCAUGCACAGAUCGGUGGCAGGAGCUGGCAAGUUCUGCGGUCGACUUGUGAAAAGUCGACUCUGCAAACCCACAUACUGCCGUCAGAUGCUGUUGGGUGCCACCACUGACGCCACCGACGUCAACAACAUCGAUAAAGCUAGUUCCGACAACGAUUCAUCGUAAAUGUGUUGUACGGAGUUGUAUCAUUGGUAUACUAUUUGUUUUUCGACAAUAACCAAGCGUGAGAAUGUUGGUUUUGUGUCUUUCGUGGUAUGAGAGUAAAGAUGCGCCGAUUUGUGGAAGAUUAAGUAAUGAUAAUUGAUUUAUAAAAUAAUUAUACUAAUGUGAACUAGUAAAGUAGAGUCCGAUAACAACUUUGAUAGUAACUUAUUCUAUAUUCAUUAUUUUUCAAAGAAAGACAUGAUCGUUUCGGCUAUAAGUAUAUGUUUACAAAUAUUUUAUUUUCAGGUUUGCAAUUUAUUCCCAAAUUAUAAGUUUUGAUAAUAUUCUACUCUGCUGGUUAUUAUUGAGAUAGCAUCAGUUGUCUUCGUAGUGGUUCGAUGUCUCUUAACUAUUACUGCUUUAUAAAUAACCUCAAAACGAAGCUGGAGUUUCUUCUAAUAAUUGUUCACUAAAUGUUUAUAAAGAGACAUUUUACCUUAUGUGAUAUCUUAAAUACUUGUAAGAAUUGUUAUAUUGUAGCUGAUGACCUCAAUAUAAUUCUUCUAAUAUAAUGAUGUCUACCACGAAGUUUUGUCGACAAGCAAUAAAUGUACGAAUGAGAAAGAAUUUAUUAUUCGAUUCGGAGUUAACGAUAAACGCACAAAGCAGGCGUAAUAUAAGUAAUUGUUUUGUUUUAUCGAGAUAACUUUCACAAAACCUGUCAAUUUUGGGAAUGAGUCCGAGUCCAUAUGAUCUGUCUUGGUAUAGCAGACAAAUAAAAAUGCCAAUAGGCACGCACUAAAAUUAGUUAAACUCCCUUGUUCUUUUGGCCUUAUACUAUAAUGUUGUGCGUUCAGCGGCCCUGGUGUCUUAUAUGGUUAUAUUUACAUUUUAAAAGUUUUAUCAUGGAGUAGUUUAUGGCGUUGACCUACGUGCGGUGGCCGGUGUCGCGUCGACUACUUGUGGUUUAUAUGAUUUAAUAGCGUACCUUAUCAGUUCACACAUAAAUUUUAAUGUUAAAUUGAAAUUCGCAUAGCUAAGUAGUUAUAAACGAUGGAACUGAACAAGAUGUUAUGUAACACGUGCCUCGUUCCUACGAAUAAUUAUUCAUAUUUUAUUGAGAAUCCCAUUAAAGACCAAGGGCUUUCCCAUAGAAUUACGUAAAUUUAUAUCAGGAAGCGUUUUUUGUCAAGGCAGUGUCAAGUUAAAGGUUGUUAAUCAAUAGAAAUCAAAACAACAAUUUGGACGAAAUAUUUAUUUUGUUUGUUUCUUAAUCAAAUGUCAACAAAUCUUUGUACAUUAGCUCUUAUAAUCUAAUGUUAAGUCAACAUUUACACAUAAAAUCCUUAAUUAUAUUUCCCUAUAUAAUACUGUAAAGGAACAUCACAGUCGUAUUUGUACGCCACCUUUCCUUUGUCACUUUAAACUAAAUACUCGUACAUUAUACAUAAUAACUUAUAUUCCUAAUAUUAUCAAGUAAUAUAAUAUAUACUCAAUUCUUAUCCUAUUAUUGUCAUAAUUAUCUCAUUAUAUCAAUAUAUCAAACGGCUCAACAUUAUCAAUAAUGCUUUAGUCGUUUUUAUUGUUUGAUAGAUAUUGUUAGUAAUUAUUUGGCAGUGUAUAAUAAUUAUUAAUUUAACAAUUUCCAGUAGGUAUCGCAAUAGAAAUGUUAUAAAGUGAAUGUCACUUUCUUCAGUAAAUUACUUAUAGAAUACAA